CGGUCCAGAAGUAAAGGUUGUUCGAUUACAAAUGGAAAAGGAUAUUGAGAUUUUCAUGCAGCUUCAUUCCUCUCUAGGAUGGCGAGCUCCGCCCACGUAUUCCAAAUCUCUGGGAUCAAAACGUGCACCAAGAAGCGAAAGUUGAUUCAUGGAAUUCAGCUGUUGGGUGGAAACUAUAUCGGUGGCUCAGUCUACGAGCAAGCCUGCACCCAUAUCAUUGUUCCUCAAGUCUUAGCCAGUGAAAAGUUUUUGUCAGCCUGUGCCGCAGGCAAGUGGGUUGUGACUCCAGAGUAUGUUUUGGACAGUGUCAAGCAUGGCUCCUGGCUUGCAGAGGAACCUUACGAAAUAGCCCUGUUCCCAGGUACCCCUUCAGCCUUCUACCCUGUAAGGCAAUGGAGGGAGAAGUUGGACAAAGGGAGCUUGGAAGGAGCUUUCCAUAACUGGAGAGUUCUUCUUAUGGUGAAAGACCCCUCCUGUUGGGCCACAUUUGAAAGGAUGCUGAAAGCAGGUGGGGCCAAAGUUUAUCCCUUCCCCCCUCCGCCUGAUGCAGAAAUUACACAUGUCAUGGCUAAACCUGUCACAGAGAACACAAAGGCUCACAAUGCGCCAUGCUACCCUUUAAGCUAUAUUGCUCAGCAUCUCUUUGGGGACCAUUAUAUGAAUUUCUACAAAGACGACGAUGAACUGCCUGAAACAAAAAGGGCCAAAUGCCUCAAUGUCAGCUUCUUUGAGCUGGAGUCGGAGCUAAGGGAAUACAUUGACAGACGGGAGGGUCAGACGAGACCAGUCUUCCUUGAAUUUCUGGGUUUGCGUGAUCCACAUCAUCCACAUUCGCAGAUAAUCGUAGCAGACUUCACCAAUGUUGCCUGUAUGAUAGAGUGUGGUCUCUUCUGUGAGGCCUUAGACUCAAUCAGAAGUGAACUGUUCCCAUGUGUGCUACCGCCAGCGCCCUACAUGGUCUCUCUCCUGGAGUUCGCUGUGCAGGGUAAUGCCACCCCUGUCUUCCUCAGAAAUUUCCAGGAGGUUUUGCACAUAUUGAUAAUGAUCAAUCCUCCUUGGCAGUCUCCCAGCACAGUGAAAAAAUAUUUUACUCAGGUGUUGCAGUGUCCACAGUGCAAAAAAGGCCUCUGGUCUUUUAUAGAAUCAGCUACCAGUUAUUGUCAGUCCAGCAAGGAUACUUGUCACCCACUCCCAGGCCAAACCACACCUGCGCUGUUGCAGUUCUUUAGUGGGCUUCUAGCAUUUGUUCUCAAACUCUUCCAGGCAGAACUUCACACGAUCACUGUGGGGGAUUUUCUACCUCCUGGAGGAGCAGGAGUCACUCAGUUGUCUGCAUCAGACUCUUUGCUGCACUCCACUUUCUGGACAGUGUGGGAGUGGUCCACUCUGUUGUCCAGGACCGUUAAGCAGCUUACCCAGGUCCUGGUACAGGCCUUAGUCUGGGAACAGGCUACCAUGGAGGACUACACUGAGAGGAGGGCACGGCAGGAGCUGCGGCUAGCGGGGACUGUGAUAGGCAUGCUGUCUGCAGCAGUGGAGUUCUGGUGUCAGCAGCACCUCAAACUGAACCAGAACCUGGUGGAGAAGGGCUGGAAGGACCUGGCAGAACACUUUGCACUCAUCAGCCAGGAUGUGUCUCCCAUGGUUCUGGUGGAACUGGUUUCCAGGAUUACCCCUACAAGACUCAGGUUGGAAAUGGCAGAUGCCAUAUUUAGGAACCUCUGCUGCAGAAGUGGAAUCGUUCUGGGAGAUGAACCCCUUUCACUCAAGAAAUUGGUUUCAUCCUACCUGCCUGCCUUGGGGAGUUUAAGUGGGAGUCUGAGAAGAACAGACCUCAGGGAUCUGCGUCCCGGGGCUGAACCCAUCUCUCACUGCUGUGCAAGCCAGGGGACCAGCUCUGGGAUUCAGACUGGCUCCAUCAGUAUCACCAGGCAAGUUAAAGAAAACCUCCCCCGAGGCCUGAACAGAGUCAACGCAGCAGGAGAGACUCUCCUCCACAGAGCCUGUAAGAGAAACCAAGUGGAGACUGUGCUUCAGAUCCUGGCACUUCCUGACAUAGACAUCAACAUUAAAGACCAUGCAGGCUGGACACCUCUUCACGAGGCUUGUAACCACGGUAGUGCUGCGUGUGUGGAAGCCUUACUAAAGCACCAUUCUGCCCCUCUCUUCAGUAAGGUCGGUGGAGUCACUCCCCUGCACGAUGCUGUGCUCUGUGGACACAUGGACAUUGCAAAGAUGUUGCUAGAGCACGGAGGUUCAGUUCUCCUACAGCAGACCGACAAUGUUGGGCGUAGUGCACUGGAUCUGCUCUCGGCCACCCAGAGGGAGGAAUUAUUAAAGAGUGCACAGGUAGGCGACUCGUCCCUGGAAGAGCGAGUAUCAGAAAUCAGGGACCUGCCCCUCCUGGAGGCCUGCUCCUCACUGCUGGCCCAUAUCUUCUCCUAUCAUUGUGAAAGGGGCCUGUUUGGCCGCACACAUCCAGAUGACAAGGUGCUCAGCCUGGGCCGCAAGUUAGCCAGGGCCCUAGAGACUAACUCCCUUCAAAGGAUGACUUCUGGGUGGACAGACCAGCGAGCAGUGAGGCUCUUGGAGGAUGUCGAGGCACUGGUGGGACUUGGGAGAGGGAAAUACCUGGGCCUGGUAUCGCAAGCAGUCAGAGAAUGUGAAGGAGAGAAUACACGCUCUCUAAUGGAGAUCCUGGAGAAUCUGAAGGCUCAAGGAGCAGCACUUUUAGCCGAUCUCUAACUCAGGGUCAAUGGUGAGCAGUUGGCUGUAAUGUUACUAAAUAUUGCAAUGAUUAUUAAUGUCAAAUCACUAUCUGUUUUUAGAUUAAGGCAAACUUAUACAGUGGUAUGAAAAAAUGUAGGCACAAAAAAUGUAAAAUAAAUAAAUAAAUAAA